AGAGAGAGAGAGAGAGAGAGAGAUUAAAGGAAUUCUUAGAGCUUCACAUCGAGCACAUGGGAGGCAGUUCUGAAUGUCGUCAGGAAUUUGAACAUGCAAGCUAAACACUGAAGGAAGCAGGUGCAGACGAUGCUGACCGUACCGUUUGAAGAUCCAGACAUGAUGCGCGAAUCUCAGUUUGGUGCCAGAUUCCCCCGUCAAGAUGAUGUCCACGACUCGUCCAACACGGACCACAAGGAGGCCGAGGACGACAACACGGACCGGGAGGAUGAGGAAAGAGAGGAGGAUCGUGACGAGAACGGUCUGCCCAAUAAAAAAGGCCCGCGUAAAAAGAAGUUCCCCAACGGACGCGGCGAACGCGUGAAAGUGCGUCGCCAAGAAGCGAACGCGCGGGAGCGCAGCCGCAUGCACGGGCUCAACGACGCGCUGGAGAGCCUGCGCAAGGUCGUGCCAUGCUACUCCAAAACGCAAAAACUCUCCAAGAUCGAGACCUUGAGGCUGGCCAAAAAUUACAUCUGGGCUCUGUCCGAGACUCUCAGCGCGGGCAAGAAACCCGACCUGCUCGCCUUCGUGCAGACCUUGUGCAAGGGAUUAUCCCAGCCCACCACCAACUUGGUUGCGGGCUGCCUGCAGCUGAACUCCAGAAAUUUCCUCACAGAUCAGAACGGGGAAGUGUCGUUCUCUGGCAGGCCUCAAUAUGAUGCUCUGUAUCCGUAUCCGAACGCGGAGAUGGGCACGCCCACCGGCCUCAGCUCUGGGACCCGGGACAGCGCCAAACCGUUCCGGCCAUACAACUAUUACGCAUCCUACGAGUCCUAUUACGACAGUGCCUCUCCGGAGGGCAACAGUCCCCACUUCGACGGCCAAAUAAGUCCCCCGAUCAAUUAUAAUGGGAUCUUCUCGCUUAAAAAGCACGAGGACCAAGUCGAGUACAGUAAGAACUGCCAUUAUGGAAUGAGAUACUGUAACGUGGCCGGUCGGGGUUCCAUGUACCGAGUUUCCCCAGACGGUCAUUUCCCUUAUGACUUACAUCCCCGCAGCCAAUCGUAUCAGAGCCAGGACGAAUUAAAUACGGGUUUCCAUAAUUAAAAGCAAGCGUAGGGGUUGGAUGCCAGUUACACUAAUCUGUCAAUUCAUUAGUGCGCGUUGGAGACGAGGGGGGCUUUUUUGCAUUUAAAUGUUUUGGCAAGCUUGCUUUCAUCUUAUGAAAAUAUUGUAAAAUCAAUUCUAUUUAUUUGAGAUGGUUUUGUUGAUGUAGGCUACUGUAUGCGGUGAGGUAACAUGUUCACAGACGCAGGCUGUGGUAGGCCUGUAGCUAUACAAUCAAUUAAUCGAAUAGAGAUAAAUGGAAUUUAAAACGGGCCUCUCAAACACACGUUUUAACGCUUGUCCCAUCUCGUAGAAAUGGAUUUGUUACUGUAUUAUCAUGUGCUUCUCGAGCUCAAAAUCAUUCGAUUCAUGAAAGCAAUAAUGGAUCUAUGCAACAGUGUGACAUCCGUGGCAGUUUUGCAGAUAUGUACAUAGACUUAUCGUGUGAUUUUUUUCUUAUUUGUUAUAGGCAUUUGUGUCUUUGAAUUAUAGAAACUCCCCAGUCCGUAUAAAAUCGACAGAUCCUAUAUUGUGAUUUUGCUGUGAACAUGUUUUUUUGUGUAAUUCACGGGAGACAUCGGGUCUUGAGGUGAAUGAUGCGAAUGUUGUUUUAAGAAUCUCACUUCAUUUGUAUUGCGGCCAUCUUAUCGAAAUAAAAAAAUGACU